CACCUGGAGAUAGCCCCGGACGGGGAUGGUCAGCGGCUGCGGCCGUCUGACACGCGAGCGGGACACGGCGAGGGCACCAUGGCGCUAACGCCCCAGCGCGGGUCCUCUUCGGGGUUGAGCCGACCAGAGCUGUGGCUGCUGCUCUGGGCAGCCGCGUGGCGCCUGGGGGCCACGGCGUGCCCCGCCCUCUGCACCUGCACCGGCACUACGGUGGACUGCCACGGCACGGGUUUGCAGGCCAUCCCCAAGAACAUCCCACGGAACACCGAGCGCCUGGAACUCAAUGGUAACAAUAUCACUCGGAUCCAUAAGAAUGACUUUGCUGGGCUCAAGCAGCUUCGAGUGUUGCAGCUGAUGGAGAACCAGAUUGGAGCUGUGGAACGGGGAGCUUUUGAUGACAUGAAGGAGUUGGAGCGGCUACGACUGAACCGCAACCAGCUGCAAGUGUUGCCUGAACUACUGUUCCAGAACAACCAGGCUCUGUCCAGACUGGACCUGAGUGAGAAUUCUCUCCAGGCUGUGCCCAGAAAGGCUUUCCGAGGAGCCACAGACCUCAAAAAUCUACAGCUAGACAAGAACCAGAUCAGCUGCAUCGAGGAAGGGGCCUUCCGUGCCCUACGGGGACUGGAGGUUCUGACCCUGAACAACAACAACAUCACCACCAUCCCUGUGUCCAGUUUCAACCAUAUGCCCAAGCUUCGGACCUUCCGGCUGCACUCCAACCACCUGUUCUGUGACUGUCACCUGGCCUGGCUCUCGCAGUGGCUGAGACAGAGGCCCACCAUCGGGCUCUUCACCCAGUGCUCUGGGCCCGCCAGCCUUCGGGGCCUCAAUGUGGCAGAGGUGCAAAAGAGCGAGUUCAGCUGCUCAGGCCAGGGGGAGGCUGCACAAGUGCCUGCCUGCACCCUCUCGUCCGGUUCCUGCCCAGCCAUGUGCAGCUGUAGCAAUGGCAUCGUGGACUGCCGUGGCAAAGGCCUCACUGCCAUCCCUGCUAACCUUCCGGAGACGAUGACCGAGAUCCGCCUGGAGCUGAACGGUAUCAAAUCCAUCCCACCAGGAGCCUUCUCUCCCUACAGAAAGCUUCGCAGGAUAGACCUGAGUAACAACCAGAUCGCUGAGAUUGCACCCGACGCCUUCCAAGGCCUCCGCUCCUUGAAUUCCCUGGUCCUCUAUGGCAACAAGAUCACAGACUUGCCCCGAGGUGUAUUUGGAGGCCUGUACACCCUCCAGCUGCUGCUUCUGAAUGCCAACAAGAUCAACUGCAUCCGGCCUGAUGCCUUCCAGGACCUGCAGAACCUCUCUCUGCUCUCCCUGUAUGACAACAAGAUCCAGAGUCUCGCCAAGGGCACCUUCACCUCCCUGCGGGCCAUCCAGACACUGCAUCUGGCCCAGAACCCUUUCAUCUGUGACUGUAACCUCAAGUGGCUGGCAGACUUCUUACGUACCAACCCCAUUGAGACAACUGGGGCCCGCUGUGCCAGCCCCCGGCGCCUCGCCAACAAGCGGAUCGGGCAGAUCAAAAGCAAGAAGUUCCGGUGCUCGGCCAAAGAGCAGUACUUCAUUCCAGGGACGGAGGAUUACCACCUGAACAGCGAGUGUACGAGUGACGUGGCCUGCCCCCACAAGUGCCGCUGUGAGGCCAGUGUGGUGGAGUGCUCUGGCCUGAAGCUCUCUAAGAUCCCUGAGCGAAUCCCCCAGUCCACGACUGAGCUACGACUGAACAACAAUGAGAUUUCAAUCCUAGAGGCCACUGGGUUGUUUAAGAAGCUCUCACAUCUGAAGAAAAUAAACCUGAGCAACAACAAGGUGUCGGAGAUUGAAGACGGGACGUUUGAGGGCGCCACCUCCGUCAGCGAGCUGCACCUGACCGCCAACCAGCUGGAGUCUGUCAGAAGCGGCAUGUUCCGGGGUCUAGAUGGCUUGCGGACCCUGAUGCUGAGAAACAACCGUAUCAGCUGCAUCCACAAUGACAGCUUCACCGGGCUGCGUAACGUGCGGCUCCUGUCUCUUUACGACAACCACAUCACCACCAUCUCCCCUGGAGCCUUCGACACCCUCCAGGCCCUGUCCACACUAAACCUCCUGGCCAACCCAUUCAACUGCAACUGCCAGUUGGCCUGGCUGGGGGACUGGCUCCGGAAGAGGAAAAUUGUGACAGGGAACCCUCGCUGUCAGAACCCAGACUUCCUGCGGCAGAUUCCUCUGCAAGACGUGGCCUUCCCUGACUUCAGGUGUGAGGAAGGCCAGGAGGAGGUGGGCUGCCUGCCCCGCCCACAGUGCCCCCAAGAGUGUGCCUGCCUGGACACCGUGGUCCGGUGUAGCAACAAGCACCUCCAGGCUCUGCCCAAGGGCAUCCCCAAGAAUGUCACAGAACUCUACUUGGAUGGGAACCAGUUCACACUGGUUCCGGGACAGCUGUCUACCUUCAAGUAUCUGCAGCUUGUCGACCUGAGCAACAACAAGAUCAGCUCCUUAAGCAACUCUUCCUUCACCAACAUGAGCCAGCUGACCACACUGAUCCUCAGCUACAACGCCCUCCAGUGCAUCCCCCCUCUGGCCUUCCAAGGACUUCGUUCGCUGCGCUUGCUGUCUUUGCAUGGCAAUGAUGUCUCCACCCUCCAAGAGGGAAUCUUUGCAGACGUGACGUCUCUGUCUCACCUGGCCAUUGGUGCCAACCCCCUGUACUGCGACUGCCACCUCCGAUGGCUCUCCAGCUGGGUGAAGACUGGCUACAAGGAACCUGGCAUUGCCCGCUGUGCUGGACCCCCAGAGAUGGAGGGCAAACUGUUGCUCACCACACCUGCCAAGAAGUUUGAAUGCCAAGGUCCUCCCAGUCUGGCGGUUCAGGCCAAGUGUGAUCCCUGCCUGUCCAGCCCAUGCCAGAAUCAGGGCACUUGUCACAAUGACCCUCUUGAGGUAUACCGGUGUACCUGCCCCAGUGGCUACAAGGGCCGAAACUGUGAGGUGUCUCUGGACAGCUGUUCCAGCAACCCAUGUGGAAAUGGGGGAACCUGCCAUGCCCAGGAGGGCGAGGAUGCUGGCUUCACGUGCUCCUGUCCUUCCGGCUUUGAAGGGCCGACGUGUGGAAUGAACACAGAUGAUUGUGAGAAGCACGACUGUGUCAAUGGGGGUGUCUGUGUGGAUGGCAUAGGGAAUUACACAUGUCGGUGCCCCCUGCAGUACACAGGAAGGGCCUGUGAACAGCUAGUGGACUUCUGCUCUCCGGAUCUGAACCCGUGUCAGCAUGAGGCCCAAUGUGUUGGCACCCCAGAGGGGCCCAGGUGUGAGUGUAUACCAGGCUACACGGGUGACAAUUGCAGCAAAAACCAGGACGACUGCAAGGACCACCAGUGUCAGAACGGGGCUCAGUGUGUGGAUGAGAUCAACAGCUACGCCUGUCUCUGUGCUGAGGGCUACAGUGGACAGCUCUGUGAGAUCCCACCUGCCCCCAGGAACUCCUGUGAAGGGACUGAGUGCCAGAAUGGAGCCAACUGUGUAGACCAGGGCAGCCAGCCCGUAUGCCAGUGCCUACCAGGCUUUGGAGGUCCCGAAUGUGAGAAAUUGCUCAGUGUCAACUUUGUGGACCGGGACACUUACCUGCAGUUCACUGACCUGCAGAACUGGCCUCGGGCCAACAUCACUCUUCAGGUCUCCACAGCAGAGGACAAUGGGAUCCUCCUCUACAAUGGGGAUAAUGACCACAUUGCAGUUGAGCUGUACCAGGGCCAUGUCCGUGUUAGCUACGACCCAGGCAGCUACCCCAGCUCUGCUAUCUACAGUACUGAAACAAUCAACGACGGGCAGUUCCACACAGUUGAGCUGGUGACCUUUGACCAGAUGGUGAACCUCUCCAUCGAUGGCGGCAGCCCCAUGACCAUGGACAACUUUGGAAAGCACUACACACUCAACAGCGAGGCCCCCCUCUAUGUGGGAGGGAUGCCCGUGGAUGUGAACUCAGCUGCCUUCCGCCUGUGGCAGAUCCUCAAUGGCACCAGCUUCCACGGUUGCAUCCGGAAUCUAUACAUCAACAACGAACUGCAGGACUUCACCAAGACACAGAUGAAGCCGGGUGUGGUGCCCGGCUGCGAGCCCUGCCGCAAACUCUACUGCCUACAUGGCAUUUGCCAGCCCAACGCCACCCCAGGGCCUGUGUGCCACUGCGAGGCUGGCUGGGGGGGCCUGCACUGUGACCAGCCAGUGGAUGGCCCCUGCCAUGGCCACAAGUGUGUCCAUGGGAAAUGCGUGCCCCUCGAUGCGCUUGCCUACAGCUGCCAGUGCCAGGAUGGAUACUCGGGGGCUCUGUGCAACCAGGUCGGGGCUGUGGCAGAGCCCUGUGGGGGCUUACAGUGCCUGCAUGGUCACUGCCAGGCCUCGGCCACCAGAGGGGCACACUGUGUGUGCAGCCCAGGUUUUUCAGGCGAGCUGUGUGAGCAAGAGUCCGAGUGCCGGGGGGACCCUGUCCGGGACUUUCACCGGGUCCAGAGGGGCUAUGCCAUCUGCCAGACCACGCGCCCACUGUCAUGGGUGGAAUGCCGGGGCGCGUGCCCGGGCCAGGGCUGCUGCCAGGGCCUGCGGCUGAAGCGGAGGAAGCUCACCUUCGAGUGCAGCGAUGGGACCUCGUUUGCUGAGGAGGUGGAGAAGCCCACCAAGUGCGGCUGUGCCCCGUGUGCGUAACGUGCGGGUGGCACACUAGCAGCUGGGCUGGGGCGGGCAUCACCAGGAUAGCGCUUGGGUCCUGGUGAGCGCGGGGACACUGAGCUGCCUUUCCAGCGGACUGCACUGCCGGGGCAGAGGAGCAAGGCCCGGGUUGCCGCGCCCUCUCCCAAAGUGCCUUGCACAGAUAGGCGCUUAAUAAAUAUUUGUUGAAUGAA